AUGUCCACUUGGGCUGCCAGUCAGGACAUCGAUGGCGGCGGCUCCAUCUCCACUUCGGAGCUUGGAACGGCGAUGAGAGCACUAGGCGCGUGCCCCAGCGAUGAGGAGCUACUGCAGUGGAUCAAUGAUGUGGACAAGGACGGCAAUGGCGAGCUCGACUUUCAGGAGUUCCUCAACCUCAUGAGCAAGAUGGUCGGCAGAGAUCCCUACGAAGAGCUGAGCGACGCGCUCAAGGUCUUCGACAGACAAGGGGACGGCCACGUCAGCGUGAAGGAGCUGAAGCACGUGCUCACACGCAUGGGGGACGUCUUGACAGCGGAGGAGGCGGGCCCCAGGUUGACGAGUGGCUGGUGUCUGCUGAAGUGUCGGCGGAGGGCCAAAUUAACAUUGACCCUCGGCGCUUCCUUCGCCUAG